UUGCUAAGGGACCACUUCUGAAGCUGGGGAACCCUAGGGAGGGUUCAGUGGCCAGAUGCCCAUGUUGAACAUCCACUCCCUGAAACCUGAGGCCCUGCACCUGCCACUUGGGACCUCAGAGUUCCUAGGCUGCCAGCGGCGCCACACACUCCCUGCCAGUGAGUUCCGCUGCCUCACGCCCGAGGAUGCCACCAGUGCGUUUGAGAUUGAGCGGGAAGCCUUUAUCUCUGUCUCGGGUACCUGUCCCCUCUACUUGGAUGAGAUCCGGCACUUCCUAACCCUGUGUCCAGAGCUGUCACUGGGCUGGUUUGAGGAGGGCUGCCUUGUGGCCUUCGUCAUCGGCUCACUCUGGGACAAGGAGAGACUUACUCAGGAGUCGCUGACACUACACAGGCCCGGAGGCCGCACAGCCCACCUGCACGUACUGGCGGUGCACAGAACCUUCCGGCAGCAGGGCAAGGGCUCUGUCCUGCUAUGGAGAUACCUCCACCAUCUGGCCAGUCAGCCGGCCGUGCGCCGGGCUGUGCUCAUGUGUGAGGAUACCCUGGUACCCUUCUAUGAGAAAUUUGGCUUCCAGGCUGUGGGCCCAUGUGCCAUCACCGUGGGCUCUCUCACCUUCACGGAGCUACAGUGUUCCUUAUGGUGCCACGUCUUCCGGCGCAGGAACAGUGGCUGCUGACCCAAGCUGCGCCCUUGGUCAUGUCAAGGGUGGGAAUGAUGACAGCUCAGGGGCUCCUGUCCACCUCCCAUGUCACAUCCUUCUCUGCCUCGAGCCCAUCCAACUAGAGCUGGCUAGCAUGAAGGGAGACAGCGGUUCCCAACUGGAGUAGAGAGGUAAGGGUCAAUAAAGAGGGCAGGAGGUGGCCUCCCUUCAGCACAGGCUGCUGUCUGUCCCAGGGGACCUCUUGCCUUCUGAACUGGGCACAAAGGCAAGGGAGCAGCAGCGGGAGGUUUGUCCCCACAGUUCUCCUCUGCCUGCUCUGUUUCUGUGCUUCAGUGUAGUGCCCUGGUCCUUGGGAGCUCUCACACCUGGCCAUGUGACAUCCCAUCCUAACACUGGGAAUGAGGGACAGCCAGGAGCUGGGGACUUGGGAAUGGUGGCAUCCUUGGGGUAGGGACAUGCUGCAGAGCCACACCAAACUGCACUCGGGCACCAAUGUGCAGGCCCACCUGCCUGCUUCCCUGGUUCCCCCACCAGCCCCAGGACUGGCACCUCUGCCCACGAAUAAAGCAGUUAUGUCCCCA